GGUCUUGCCACUACUAGUACUGAUUAGUAAUUACAUGUGUUCAGGGACUCGUUGUGGCCGAGCCGGUUUUCAAACUCGGCUACGAUAGGGCUGUUAUCCUUCUUCGGCUGUCCUGUUCGGAAAGGGCACCCCCUUUUUGAUUAACUGUGGAACGAUGGGCUAGCUAUGUCAUAUUGUAAUUUUCUCACUUUGUCUUGAAGCGAACAAGAUGGAAGGGUAUAAAAGCCCGUCAUCCUUCUCUUCUACCGCAUCUAACCAUUCGCCAACUUUGCUAUGGAGGUCAAAUCAACAGCCGUCAAGCAGCACUCUCAGCACUUGUCUUCGGAUAGGACUUGGGUGGACCUUUUUCCAUCCACCAUACGUCCUUACCUCUAUCUGGCACGAGUUCACAACCCUGCCGGAACACUCUUGCUGUUCUAUCCAUGCGCAUGGUCGGUCACCAUGGCUUGCUACGCUCAUGGCGCCCCCGUCUCGACGGUGUGGACAUAUGUUGGGUUGUUCCUUGCUGCCGCCCAAGUGUUCCACUCCGCUGGCUGCGUGAUCAAUGACAUGUGGGACAAAGACGUUGACGCUGCCGUUCCGCGAACAAGCACGCGGCCCUUGGCUUCGGGUGAUGUCUCAAUGUUCGGGGCAUUCGCCUUCCUUAUCCCACAGCUGGCUCUUGGCAUCUGGUUGUUGAUGCAGUUGAAUGAAUACAGCUUGCGACUUGGACUUUCGUCCCUGGGCCUGGUGGUGUUAUAUCCUGCCAUGAAGCGUGUGACCAAUUGGCCGCAGGCAGUGCUUGGCUUGUGUUUCAAUUGGGGAGCACUACUGGGCGCGGCUUCCGUUGUUGGAGCAGUUGACUGGCAUGUGUACAUCCCUCUGUACCUCGGCGCUGCCAACUGGACCAUUGUGUACGACACUUCUUACGCUCGUCAAGACAGAGAUGAAGACGCUAAAUAUGGUGUGCGCUCGACCACGAUCAUCUUUGGAGAUCAAAUCCGGCCUAUUCUCGCCAUGUUCUCCGCCGUUGUUUGUUCUCUGGUGUCGUACGCCGGAUACUGCAACGGACAUGGCUGGCCAUUCUUCUGUGGUGUUGCCAUGGGCGCACUUCACCUCGCCCGACUCCUCGCCAGGACAGACUUUGAAAACAAGGAGAGCUGCGAUGCUACCCUCCUCAGCAAUGCUUGGUUCGGCUUCUGGGUUUGGGCUGGAGCUUUCGCCGACCUUCUUCUCAAAACCCAGUAAUUCUAGAUGCGAUGACUUCUU